CUGAAGAACAUUGAUGUGGACAUACCAAAGAACAGGCUGGUUGUAAUCAGCGGCCUGUCGGGCUCUGGCAAGUCCACCCUUGCCUUUGACACCCUGUACGCAGAGGGCCAGCGAAGGUACGUCGAGUCCCUGUCGGCGUACGCGCGCCAGUUCCUUGAGAUGAUGGACAAGCCGGACGUGGACUCGAUCGACGGACUCUCCCCCGCAAUAUCGAUACAGCAGAAGACCACCAGCAAGAAUCCCCGCUCCACGGUGGGAACCGUCACGGAGAUUUAUGAUUACAUGAGGCUGCUGUACGCGCGGGUGGGCAUACCGCACUGCAUCCGGUGCGGCGGGGUGAUAUCCAGCCAGUCAGUCGAGGCAAUCUGCGAUACGGUCCUCAAGGAGUUUCAGGGCCGGCAGGUGCUUGUGCUGGCGCCCGUGGUGCAGCACAAAAAGGGGACAUAUGACUGGCUCUUUGAGUCGAUCAAAAAGGACGGCUACUCCCGGAUACGGGUGGACGGCAGCAUUGUGCCGCUUGACGGGGAGAUGCCGCCCCUGGACAAGCAAAAGUGGCACAACGUCGAGAUUGUCGUGGAUCGCCUGACCGCAGAAAAGUCAGAGCGGUCCAGGCUGUUCGAGUCCGUGGGGACAGCGCUGAGGGCGGCCAAGGGCUACGUGAUGAUAUCAGCAGAGGCAGACGACCGCAUAUUCUCCCAGAACAAUGCCUGCCCCAAGUGCAAGAUCAGCAUCGGCACCCUUGAGCCGCGCUCGUUCUCGUUCAACUCCCCGUUUGGGAUGUGCAAGGGGUGCAACGGCCUGGGACACUCCCGGGUGUUUCACCGGGAUCUGCUAAUUCCGGAUGAUUCCAAGUCCAUCCUUGAGGGGGCCAUAGUCCCGUGGGACUACCUUGUGGACUCGUUUGGAUCCGCACUGCGCCGUACCCUGAAGGCUGCCGGUAUCAAGAUGAACAUGCCCAUAAGGAAGAUGGCCGCCAAGCAGCUGAACCUGCUGCUUCACGGCUCUGAUGCCAGACGCGGCCUGCCGGGUACAUACAUGGGCAUAUUUGACUGCCUGUACAGGCUGCAUGCGAGCAGCUACUACGGAAUGGGCAGGGACCGGCUGGACCGCCUGAUGAUGGACAUCCCAUGCGAUACCUGCAACGGAAAAAAGCUCAAUGCAGAGGCGCGGGCGGUAACGGUCGGCGGCAUGGGGAUAAUGGACGUCUGCGAUCUGCCCGUGGAUCAGUGCUAUGACUUUUUUGCCACCAUAAACCUGUCUGACACGGAGCAGUACAUCGCCCGUGACGUCCUAAAGGAGAUCAGGGGCAGGCUGGAGUUUCUGCGAAACGUGGGGCUUGACUACCUCACCCUGGGCCGGUCCAGCUCCUCGCUGUCGGGAGGCGAGUCCCAGAGGAUCAGGCUGGCGACGCAGAUAGGCUCAAACCUCACCGGCGUCCUGUACGUCCUAGACGAGCCCACCGUCGGCCUGCACCAGAGGGACAACGCCAGGCUCAUCAGGACGCUGGCCAAGCUGCGGGAUCUGGGAAACACCAUAAUCGUGGUCGAGCACGACGAGGAGGUGAUACGGAGCUCGGACUGGAUCAUAGACCUGGGACCGCGGGCCGGGGUAAACGGCGGCAGGAUAGUCUUUGAGGGAACCGUCCAGAAGAUGCUCGGCAGCGACAGCUCGAUUACUGGCAGGUACCUCAACGGCAAGGAAGUGAUAACCCUCAAGGAGCGGACAAGGCGGCAGAACGGCAGCAUCCUGGUCGAGGGGGCGGCCGUAAACAACCUCAAGUCCAUCGACGUCGAGUUUCCCCUGGGGCUCUUUAUCGUGGUCACCGGAGUGUCCGGCUCUGGCAAGUCAUCACUCGUAAACGAGAUCCUGCUAAAGUCGCUCGAGUACAAGCUCCACGACAAGAGAAGGAUACCGGGCAAGCACGACCGGAUUCUGGGUAUUGGCAACAUAGACAGGGUUAUCGCAAUCGACCAGUCUCCCAUCGGCAGGACGCCGCGAUCCAACCCCGCCACAUACAUAGGCGUCUUUACGCCCAUCCGGCAGAUCUUUGCCAAGACCGGCAGGGCAAAGGAGAUGGGGUACACGAUAAGCCAGUUCUCCUUUAACGUGGAUGCGGGAAGGUGCUUUGAGUGCGAGGGAAACGGCCUGAAGCGGAUCGAGAUGCAGUUCCUCUCAGACGUGUACGUGCAGUGCGACCGGUGCCACGGCAAGAGGUACAACUCGGAGACCCUGACGGUGCUGUACAAGGGGAAGAACGUAUCUGACGUGCUGGACAUGACGGUGGAUGAGGCCAUCAAGUUCUUUGAGAACGUGCCCUCGAUCAGAAAAAAGAUGCAGACCAUAUACGACGUGGGCCUUGGGUACAUCAAGCUGGGCCAGUCCUCCACCACGCUGUCCGGCGGCGAGGCCCAGAGGGUAAAGCUGGCAGCGGAGCUCUCAAAGACGGACACGGGAAGGACGAUGUACAUACUGGACGAGCCGACGACCGGCCUGCACUUUGCGGACGUUCAGAAGCUGCUGGAGGUCAUCAACCGGCUGGUAAACCUGGGAAACACCGCGGUUGUGAUAGAGCACAACAUGGACGUUAUAGGAAACUCGGACUGGGUCAUAGACCUGGGCCCCGAGGGCGGCCUUGAGGGCGGCCGGGGUCCGGUCAUACUUUGCCAAGAACCAGAACUACAAAAUGCAAAAGCUCGUCCAGAGGAUUGUCGACAUCGAGUUUGUCCUGACAGACAGCGAGGCCGAGGCGUUCAUGCUAGAAUCCAAUAUGAUAAAGCGGUACCGGCCGAUGUACAACAUAGAGCUGAAGGAUCAGCAGCGCUACACAUACUUGCGGGUUACGGGGAGAAGUAUCCCCGGCUCUUGGUCACGCGAAGGACCAGGUCGGGAAAGUUUCUUGGCGAGGGAAGGGUGUACGGCCCGUUCACGCAGGGCAGCUCGAAGCUGCUGACGAUAGGCGCCCUGCGCAAGGCGUUUAAGAUCAGGAUCUGCAAGACGCUUCCCAAGAAGGCCUGCCUGGAGUACCACCUGGGAAACUGCGAGGCGCCGUGCCAGUUCGGCGAGGCCCAGGAGAGGUACGGACAGCAUGUCCGGAACCUCGAGUCGGUCCUGAAGGGAAAGCAGGGCAUGCGGGACUUUGUUGAGCGGAUGCGCCGGGAGAUGGAUGAGGCCGCCGCAUCGCAGCAGUAUGAGCGGGCAAUGGAGAUCAGGGACACGCUGCAGAGGCUGGGCAGCCUCCAGACGGAGCAGAAGAUGGAGUACGUCACCGGGGCCCCGGACGAGGACUAUUUCGGGAUAACGGUCGAGGAUCACACCGCGCUGAUUAUGACGCUGAGGCAGAAGCACGGCGUGAUUCGCGACACGGAUCGCUUCUCCUUUGACAUGGUGGCAGACAACACGUUUGGAAACUUUCUGUUCCAGUACUACACCACCCACAAGACACCCAGGAACAUCCUGGUAAGCGAGCUGCCCGAGAACCGGGAGACCUUGGAGGGGCUGCUCUCAAGGAAUGCCGGCUCUGAUGUCAGCAUCAUAAUGCCCAAAGGUGGAAAGAAGCGGCAGAUGAUCUCCCUGAUCAUGAAGAAUAUAGCGCUGAUCCAGCACCAGGGGGCGCAGCCGGGCCUGACCGAGCUGGAGGAGGCGCUGCGCCUUGGGCACCCCCCAAGGAUAAUCGAGUGCUUUGAUGUCUCAAACCACGGCACCGACUAUGCGGUGGGUGCGAUGUCGAGGUUUGAUGACGGCGUCCCGGACAGGUCAGGGUACCGGAGGUUCAAGAUAGGCACGGUGCGCGGCCAGGACGACUUUGCGAUGAUCUCUGAGAUAGUCACACGGAGGUACGCGAGGCUGCUGAAGGAAGAGUCCGCAAUGCCGGAUCUUGUCCUGGUGGAUGGCGGCACGGGACAGCUAGGCGCCGCGCUAAAAUCCCUGAAAGGCAUUGGGGUAGAGGUUCCCUGCGCGUCCCUGGCAAAGAGGGACGAGGAGGUGUUUAUGCCCGGCAGGGGCGGGCCCAUCCGGAUGCCUCGGGACAACCCGGGACUGAAGAUACUGCAGUAUGCCAGGGAUGAGGCACACCGGUUUGGCGUUGCCUACAACAGAAAGCUGCGCAAGCUAAGCUACAAGGAGCUCCAGAGAAAGAUCAGGAAGAAGCACGAGAAGCUCGCCAACAGGCAAACCAACUGGGAGCGCCACGCCUCCAAGAGGAUAGCGGACGGCGCGGGAACGGUGGCCAUGGAGGACCUCAACCUCGUGAACAUGACUGCAAGAGCCAAGGGAAAGGGAAGCACGGCCAAGACCGGGCUCAACCGCGAGAUGGCCUACUCCAGGCCCGGGACGUUCCAGCGCCAGAUCAGGGGCGCCUGUGAGAACACGGGCGUGACUGUAAUUAUGGUGGACCCCAAGGGCACCAGCAUAACAUGCCACAGCCUCGUCAAAGGUCACCUCAAAUAUCGCUCCGCCUAUGAUCAGGCUGCUAUCGAAUUCUCCGCUCGGUCCGGUUUGAGGUGA